UCCCCCCUUUCAAUCUUCCCUGUCUGUGGAGAAUUGGAUUCCUCCCUUCCCUCCCCCGCCCUCCCUACCUCCCUCGCUCAAUUGCGCUGCUACACCUCGAAUUCCUAUGCACUCGGUGUGGCAGGCAGGGAAUUGCGCGCUGGCGCAUGUUCUUGUUGGAAUGUGAGGGGUUUUGGAAAGUUUUGGAGAUUCGAAGCGAUUCGGAGUUUACAGCUGAAGGUUUGUGCCGACGAGCUCGCGUUUUCAGCUGAGGACAUUCUACUCACUCUACAAGUUUGAGUUGCAUAUUCUCAUCCGGAUUUUAAUUUCAAAGCAUAUUGUGCCUGCCUAUUGGGCUCCGGUUUUAGUUAGUAAAAUCGGGGCCAGAACAUGGAGUCGGUUGGGAUGAAUACACGGUUUGAUUCGACCAAGGGUGCUAUGAUUCCAACAUCAGGUCAAUUAUCUAGUUAUCAUCAUAAAAGCUUAUCUGAGACCCGGAGGCUUAAGACGUGGUGCUUUUGGUCCACAAAAUUUACGCACAGACAAGCGAUUCCUAUCCAGUACAAGUUUGCACCUCUGAAUAAUCAUCGGCAUCUCAAAGUGCUUGCAUUUUCAAAUGACAACGAUGAUUGGAGUAGUGACGAUGACUAUGAAUGGGAUCCUGCAUUUGAGAUUGAGGUUCCUUCCGACCAGCGCCCGGUGAAUGAACUCGCAGCUUUGAAGGAAGCUACUCUGUAUUCAUGGGCACAAUUAAGCGCUGUCGAAUUCGGGAUUCGUUUGGGGGCACUCUGGGUGUUUUUCUUCUUGUUACUUGGUGGACCUAUUGCUGCUGCUAGUUUUGAGCCCACACGGGAACCAUUGAAAUUCUUUUUGGCAGGAGGUGCUGGAUCAUUGUUUGCUGUUUCAGUGUUGGUGUUGCGCAUGUACUUGGGUUGGAGUUACGUAGGAGACCGGCUUCUUUCAGCAGUUGUGCCAUAUGAGGAAACUGGCUGGUAUGAUGGUCAGCUUUAUGUGAAACCACCAGAGAUCCUUGCCCGAGAUCGUCUACUAGGCUCCUAUCAGGUGAAGCCUGUUAUGAACCGGCUGAAGCAGACACUUAUUGGAGCAGGAGCACUUUUGGCCACAGCAACUGCAGCUUUAGUAAUACUGUUGCCUCCUCAGCAAGAUAUGGAUACCGUUAUGUACCCACCUCCGAGGAAUCGCUCGGAAGCCAUUGCGGCUGACAAUAAAACCGUCCUAAGGAAAGUAAAUAUUUUAAAUCCUCCUCCCGAAGUGAUGAAUGAUGAUGACAUGGCAGCUGCUGCAGCUUCUGCUGCUAACGGUAGGCCAGCGUACUGUUCAGACCGUUACUAUCGAGCUCUAGCAGGUGGUCAGUACUGUAAAUGGGAGGACUUGCGAAAGUAGAUAGCCAGCGACUCCACUUUCACCACAACGCAUUCGCAUCGAUAAGAAAUUGCUUACAGGCAAAUGACGAUUCUUCACAUUGUGAACGCUUCAGACACGCUCGUGUUUCAGACAUGCUUCAGUUAUAUCUUAGUUAUUAUUUUCUGGUGGGCUACAAUCACCGGUGAAGAUGCCUUGAAACAUUGGUGUGAAUUGGGGUUUGGUUCUCGGAUUAGUCAGUGGAGACCAUUAUUAACUUCAUAAGAACUUUCUGUACCGGAAAUCUGCUAAUCUAGGAAAAUCUCGAAGAGAUUGUUUAUGAAUUUGGAAGUCAGGCUUUACCAGCCUUGGCUGCACUUAGCAGUAUCCUAGGCUUGUACUUGUAGAGUCCUGAAGGACGAGUAUCUUUGAAGAAAUGGCGUUUUUUAUGUAACUUUCUGAUUUUCGGCUGCGAUUU